AUGAAUGCUGCGGCAGACGCCGAGUUCAACAUCCUCCUAGCCACCGACUCCUACAAGGUUACUCACUAUAAACAGUACCCACCCAAUACAGUUUAUUCCUACUUUGAAUGCCGUGAGGAGAAGACAGAAAACUCCAAGAUAAAGAAGGUGAAAUAUGAGGAAACGGUAUUUUAUAGGUUGCAGUACAUUCAAAAGUACUUAAAAGGUAAAGUAGUGACCAAAGAGAAGAUCCAGGAAGCCAAAGAGGUGUAUAGAGAGCAUUUCCAGGAUGAUGUCUUUAAUGAAAAGGGAAGGAACUACAUUCUUGAGAAAUAUGAUGGGCAUCUUCCAAUAGAAAUAAAAGCUGUUCCUGAGGGCUAUGUCAUUCCCCGAGGAAAUGUUCUCUUCACAGUGGAAAACACAGAUCCAGAGUGUUACUGGCUUACAAAUUGGAUUGAGACUAUUCUUGUUUAGUCCUGGUAUCCAAUCACAGUGGCCACAAAUUCUAGAGAGCAGAAGAAAAUAUUGGCCAAAUAUUUGCUGGAGACAUCUGGUAACUUAGAUGGUCUGGAAUACAAGUUACAUGAUUUUGGCUACAGAGGAGUUUCUUCCCAAGAGACUGCUGGCAUAGGAGCGUCUGCUCAUUUGGUUAACUUCAAAGGAACAGAUACAGUAGCAGGAAUUGCUUUUGUUAAAAAAUACUAUGGAACGAAAGAUCCUGUUCCAGGCUAUUCUGUUCCAGCAGCAGAACACAGUACCAUAACAGCUUGGGGGAAAGACCGUGAAAAAGAUGCUUUUGAACAUAUAGUAACACAAUUUUCAUCAGUGCCUGUAUCUGUGGUCAGCAAUAGCUAUGACAUUUACAACGUGCGUGAAAAAAUAUGCGGUGAAGACCUAAGACAUCUAAUACUGUCAAGAAGUACAGAGGCACCACUGAUAAUCAGUCCUGAUUCUGGAAAUCCUCCGGACACUGUAUUAAAGGUUUUGGAUAUUUUGGGUAAGAAGUUCCCUGUUACUGAGAACUCAAAGGGCUACAAGUUGCUGCCACCUUAUCUUAGAAUUAUUCAAGGGGACGGAGUAGAUAUCAAUACCUUACAAGAGAUUGUAGAAGGCAUGAAGCAAAAAAAAUGGAGUAUUGAAAACAUUGCCUUCGGUUCUGGUGGAGCUUUGCUACAGAAGUUAACAAGAGAUCUCUUGAAUUGUUCCUUCAAGUGUAGUUAUGUUGUAACCAAUGGCCUUGGGAUUAAUGUCUUCAAGGACCCAGUUGCUGAUCCCAACAAAAGAUCCAAAAAGGGUCGAUUAUCUUUAUAUAGGACAGCAGCAAGGAAUUUUGUUACACUUGAGGAAGGAAAAGGAGACCUUGAGGAAUAUGGUCAUGAUCUUCUCCAUACUGUCUUCAAGAAUGGGAAGGUGACAAAAAGCUAUUCAUUUGAUGAAAUAAGAAAAAAUGCAGAGCUGAACAUCGAACUGGAAGUAGCACCUCAUUAGGCUUUAUGAGUGGGGGUGUGUGCUCGCCUGUGUGUGUGUGUGUGUGUACAUGCAUGCACGCACGCAGACACCUGCGUGUGAAUAUAUAAUAAUGUUUAUUGUACAGAUGUGUGGGGGUUUGUGUUUUAUGAUAUAUUACAGCCAAAUUAUUUAUUGGUUUAUGGACAUACUGCCCUUUCAUUUUUUUCCCCAGUGUUUAGGUGAAAUGCACUUAACCAUGUAAAAGAUUAAUGCUAAAGUAAGCUUUUUAGGGCCCUUUGCCAAGAGAUAGUAAUUCAAUCUGGUAUUGAUCUUUUCACAAAUAACAGAACCCAGAAACUUUUACAUAUAACUGAAGAUCACAUAAAACAGAUUUGCAUAAAAUUAUCAUUGAUUGCUUUAUGUUUAUAUUUAACUUGUAUUUUUGUACAAACAAGAUUGUGUAAGAUAUAUUUAAAGUUUCAGUGAUUUAACAGUCUUUCCAACUUUUCAUGAUUUUUAUGAGCACAGACUUUCAAGAAAAUACUUGAAAAUAAAUUACAUUGCCUUUUGUCCAUUAAUCAGCAAAUAAAACAUGGCCUUAACAGA